GCUGGGGAAAGCAGCUUCGAAUAGCUCCAUCGCGCAAACAGGUGGACUACAUACAAGCCAUUGCCACCUGCAAGGCACUCGAUGGCAAUAGCGGGAUUUGGACCCUGAUGCCCAGGGAAUUUCAAUCGUGCGCACAGGUGUUACUGCAAAAGUUUGGCUUCGGAGCAGAGAGUCCAGUGCUGGCCGACUUUGUCAAUUCGUAUGGAGGUGGUGUCCUGUACAAUAAUGGCAGCUUUGACCCGACCGGAAUUGCUACCAUCACGCUCUGCAUACUCAAAAAGCUCUACUGCCGCGCGCCCGGCGGUGAAUUUCUUGUGAUUCGCUCGUCUGACGGGAUACGGUACAAUUUUUACAACUCUCAAUUAUUCUGUCGGAGCCAGCAGAUGGAGGUGUUGACACCCGGCGUAGUGGAGUGUGCAAUCUAUCGUGGCGCCUAUGGUGGUAUAUGGACGUGGGUGGACACUGUACCAAGGAAGAUUACCUACACUACUGUGACCAACCCGUCAAUAACAGCUCCCGACGUGUUGUGCCAGCGACGUGUGAACUAUUGUCCACAACUUCAAAUUGCCAAUGGAAAUCUGAGUAUCACAACGAUUUCCCACCAGAUUGAGGCAAAUUGUCAUGAUGCGUACUUUACAAUUGACCGUGCCAGCUGUAAGGAGCGUGAAGGAUGGGUGUUGCCUGAUAAGCCAUUGUGUCUCAGCCGAUCCUGCAUAGCUGGGGAGAUGUCCAGCACUGAGAAUAUAUGCAACUGCGACAAGGACUACCACGGCACAAGAUGCAAUCAAAUCUGGUGUCAAGGAAAACGACUCCGACUGGUUCUACCAUCUGCUCCAGUGGCAGGUAAACACGGCAUUACCGCUUGUGACGCGAUUGAUAAAAGCAUCGGCGAGUGGACUAUAAUGCCCAAGCAGCUGCAACCGUGUGCGCAGACGUUUAUGCGGAGGUUCGGGCAGCAGUACGCUAAGCGCACGCCCCUGACGUCCUUCACGCAGGAAGGCAGAGUUCACGUGAGCAACGGCACCUCCACGUGGGCCGCACGCCUCGCUGAUCGUCAGCCUGUUUUCUGCCUGUUCCAGGAUGCGUGUACAUCAGGCAAGCUUGUCUGCAAUCCGCCGGCCAAAUGCACGAUCACAGUUGCAUACUCUGCAACUUGUGUCUGUCCGGGAGGCGACCCACAAACAGCUGACAGGAACUGUGAUGUUCUGCCCAGCCUGAAGAGCCCGAAGCAGCAACACAGGUUCCACCGUCUUCUGUAUGGUGAAGGAGCUCUGCUGCGCUGUUCGUUCAGCGGCCGUGUACUAGAGGGCAUUGAGUGGGAGAACAGCAAUGCUAGCACGCCCCUUGACGGUCCCAAUGUUGCCAAGAAUACUUGGGUAUCGGCUGAUGGAGUCACCCAUAGCCAAGUCUUCUUCAUACCUAAGUCCGAUCUUACAUGGGUAUCGUGCUCUGCACGGAACUCUCGUGGCACUGUCCGCGCAUUCCAUGUCGUGAUCGCCACAGCGGCCGGCCAUGGCGGGUUUGGUGAAGCAGGCACGAAAUUGAGCAAUUCUGCAAAUGGGGCAUUGGCCGCCGUCUGCUCUUUACUGGGUAUUGCUCUGAUCGCCACCGUUAGCUUCCUUGUUGUCCAGAAGAAGUCACCUGAGCACAUUGAACAGAUGAAUCAGAUGCGUAUCAGGCUUCAAGGAACUGUGAAGGAAAGUGUGAAGGAAGGUGUAGAGCAGCUGAAGAAAAGAACUCAGGAAUUAAGACAAGCAGCAUUUGCACAGCCGGUCCCCUCUGACCCAGACCCAGACCCGGAGCCAUGUCUGCCUCUGAAGAAGGGCCCAGUUCACACUGUCGUGCAGCAAGAAGAAGAGAAUAUCUACAACAACGGCAAUUCCAAUCACAUCAUCUCCGUGCAGACACUGGCCGGCAAGAAUGCAGCGGUGGCACGAGGGCCGGCCGUGGAGACCCAGGACAGCGUGGACUCCAACGGAAUUUACGACAACAUCCCGCCACAGAAGAGAAGACCUCCGGCGGAUAAACAGGCCUCGGAGUCGAUCAAGCAGGACAGCGUCGACUCCAACGAAGUGUACGACAACAUACCCGCGCCGAAGAAAAUAGAUACCGCUUCUGCCACCGCUCCCAAACCAGCAUCGAGGAAAGGCCACGCACCGCCAGUGCCAGCAUCGAGAGUGCCAUCAAAGGUACCGGCUGCAACAGAAGCCAUGAGCGGCAGCACCCCAGCAACGGCCAAGGGAAAGAAGAGUGCAUCGGUGACAAGAAGCAAGACGAAUGCGUCGAACUGCAGCACCCCGGUUACGGCUGGCGCCGCCACUGCAGCUGCUCAGAAUGAAGCGCUGUACGGCAAUGGCCAAGUCAUAUCCAUCGACGAAGACGAGUACGACAUCGUGGAUGCACCGUCAUCGCGCAUAGCGCCGAUACUGCCAGGCGAGAGAGAUCCUGCUCCAACGCCGGGCAGUGCCGCUGGCAAAUCUCCGCGCGGCAGCGUUUGCAGCGAGUUGGGGCUGUUGAAUGACACUGCCUUCACCCUUAACGCGAGCUCCGAUGAGAACGGGCGGAUCACCAGCCCAGCCGCUCAGGACCCAUCAGAAAUUAUCUACAUUGGCGACAAUCCAGGCGAGGAGGAGUAUGGUGAUAUCGAAAUCUGCCGCCAGACCGAAGUAGAGGAGGAAAACGUGUACGAGCAGGACAUAGCCCAGCAUUGCAUGCUGCGGCAGAAAGAAAGCGUAGACAAUUGCAGCACGCUGCCGGGUAUCUACAGUAACACGUCGCCCAGGGGGAGCGUGUCCAGCGAAUGCGCCCUGCUGUGAGCUGCCAGGGAGAAACCGGGCCCAAGCCGUUCGCAGCACUACUGGUGACUACGUGUGUUGUGCACAGCCGCCGCCACCAACACCUGAUUGUACUCUUCAAAGCUGUGCAACCCGUAGCGUGUGGACGGCGUGGCGUUCCACAGCUGCGCUUGUCCGUUAGCUCGGUACGCUGGCUGCUUCUCGGUCGCCAUGCCAACAACUCUUGGUAGGUAGUCUGAUGACGUCAUCAACUGUUUGCUGUCGCAGAGAGCAGUCCAAUGCCGCACACACAAAUAGAGUGCACAACUGCAGCUGUCUAUACAGUUUAAACCGUUAUGAAGUAUGACGUCUACUCCUCAGUUAUUAUAAUUAUUUUAUUCUCCUAUUCCCGUUGAACACUCGUGCAUUUUCUUAUGCUCGCAAUUAUACUACAUCAUUAAUGCCACAAUUUGAUUUGCCCCUAAUUGCCGCUCAGUAAUCAAUCCCCAAGGCCUUUGCAAGGUGUGUAGCCUUCUCCUUGGCCUCUCAACCCCAGCCCUCUCUCUCUCUCUCUCUCUCUCUCUCUCUCUCUUGUGGCUUGCAGGCAACGUUUUCAAUAGGUUUUCCCCUUGUGUAACCCCCCCAGCCUCACAGCGUGGCUUUGGCUUGGCCAUCUGUCCUGGCCCACGUUUCUCCUGUUUGCUAAUUUCCCACCCCGGCAGACACUGUCUAUGCGUUGUCGUCAUUUAUAUAUUCCUUGCGAUUUUUGCUCGUCGGAAUUCUUGACACUGGCCCAUUGCACCCACUUAACUUAUAUGCCAAGAGUUCACAUACCGGAUUGACCAAGACAUC